AGAAGAAAAUUAUAUUUUUGAACUAGUCUACAGUGUGGACAGGAAAUGACCCCUUCACAAACUGCUUCUUUAAAAACAAGCUGUGGUGCCUGAAGCUAUCCAGUCUCUCUCUGGAGCUUGUGCUCUCUCUCUCUCUCUCUCUCGCUCUCCCCCCCUUCUCUCUCUCUGUCUCCUGCUAUAGAAGGGCUUCAACAGCAGUUUCCAGCCAGUGUGUUCUCUCUCUCUCUCUGUGUGUGCGUCUGUCUGUGUGUAUGUGUGUGUGUGUGUGUGUGUCUGUGUGUGCCUGCCUGCUGCUACUUUGUACUGUGAAGAACACACAGCCCAUGUGCUCUGUAUGGAUGUUGAUGAUACUCUGUGUAGCUUGAUUCUCUGCAAGCAGGCAAGAUGUCCAGCACACCACAUGACCCUUUCUAUUCUUCUCCUUUUGGCCCAUUUUAUAGGAGACACUCACCAUACAUGGUGCAACCAGAGUACCGAAUCUAUGAAAUGAACAAGAGGCUGCAGUCUCGUACAGAGGAUAGUGACAACCUCUGGUGGGAUGCCUUUGCAACUGAGUUUUUUGAAGAUGAUGCAACCUUAACCCUUUCAUUUUGUUUGGAAGAUGGACCAAAGCGAUACACCAUUGGAAGGACCCUAAUUCCUCGUUAUUUUAGCACUGUCUUUGAAGGAGGUGUAACAGACCUGUAUUACAUUCUCAAGCACUCAAAAGAGUCAUACCACAACUCAUCUAUCACAGUGGACUGUGAUCAAUGCACCAUGGUCACCCAGCAUGGAAAACCCAUGUUUACCAAGGUAUGCACAGAAGGGCGUCUUAUCUUGGAGUUUACCUUUGAUGAUCUUAUGAGAAUAAAAACAUGGCACUUUACCAUUAGACAGUACAGAGAAUUAGUCCCACGCAGCAUUCUAGCCAUGCAUGCACAAGACCCUCAGGUGCUGGAGCAGCUGUCCAAAAACAUCACCCGAAUGGGUCUGACUAACUUCACCCUCAACUACCUCAGGUUGUGUGUAAUAUUGGAGCCAAUGCAAGAACUGAUGUCAAGACAUAAAACUUACAAUCUAAGUCCUCGGGACUGCCUGAAGACAUGCUUGUUUCAAAAAUGGCAGAGAAUGGUGGCACCACCAGCAGAGCCCACAAGACAACCGACAACCAAACGGAGAAAAAGGAAAAAUUCAACCAGCAGCACUUCAAACAGCAGUGCUGGGAACAAUGCAAAUAGUACCAAUAGCAAGAAAAAAACAGCAGCUGCAAACCUGAGCUUGUCAAGUCAGGUACCUGAGCUAGGAGUACUCCAGAGCUGCAGCCUCAACCCUGGGAGGGAUGGAGCCUUGUGUCAUUCAAGAACAGUGACCCCCACUGGCCAAUUUAAGGAGAAGCGUUGAGGGGCUCUAAAAGGAGUCACUUCCAGUCCUCCUCAGAGGUUGGUGGAACUAGUGAGUGGAGGUUAAAUGGGGUUAAAUUGGUGGGGAUCUUCAGCAUUCCAUCUGAGGAGCAGAGAACCCACUAUGGGGGGAAGAUAGCAUGUGUGCUACCUGAGAAAUUAUUUAUUGCCUGAUAUAAUACACUACAAAGAGCAAGAAUGUAAAGAAUAUGUGCCCUCUAGCUAAUGCUGUGGUAUCUUGUAAGUAAGAUCAGGGAAACCCCACUAAACUCAAUAAAAUUGUAGUUUAGCUCCCAGACAGAAAUUAUAUAGUGAAUAUGGUGAGGAGAAAGAUAAGUAAGCUGUUCUGUCUUGUGGGUGUUGUUAUACUGAAAGAAUAAAAAAUGAUCUGCAAAGGAUCAUAGAAAUUGGAGAUGGGACAUACUUACUAGGUCACUUGGGCUCGUCUUCACUACUGGGGUAAGUUGACUUAAGUUACGCUACUCCAGCUACGUGACUAACAUAGCUGGAGUUGACAUAGCUUAGGUCAACUUACCCCAGUGUCUUCACUGCACUGCGUCAAUGGGAGAUACUCUCCGGUCGACUUACCUUACUCUUCUCGGAGAGGUGGAGCACCCGAGUCAACUGGAAAGUGCUCUGCCACUGAUUAGCGACACCUGCUGCAUCGAUUGCAGCAGCAUUGGUCUCCCCCGUAGUGAAGACAAGCCCUUAGUUUAUCCCAUGCCAGUGCAUGAAUGUUUCCUACAUCAUACUGAGGUGACUCGAGUGAUGGGGCUAUUACUGAUUCCUUUCAGAUAUAAUUCCAUAGUUUGCUUGUCUAAGUAUUAGGAAAAAUGUCCUUCCAAUGUGAGUUAUAUUGUUCUUUACUUAGUUUCAUCUUGGUAGUCCUGGUUAUAACUCCUUGGACCACCCUACACAAUUCCUCUCCCUUUAAUCCAUCUACCCAUUUAGCAUAUGUCCCUGUAGCAGUAAUUUGGUAAAAUGUGUACAUAUUUUGUUCUUUUAAUUGUCCUCUUAAAUUGGGCCUCUAGCCUCUUAGUAAUUUUUGAUGUACUUUUCUGAACUUCAUCCAAAUUGCUGACAUCUUUCUAAUAUUGAAGUGCCCAGAAUGUGAUGCAGAAGUCAAGGUACAGUUUCGCCAGUGUUUUAUAGAGAUGAACUAUCGCUGCCUUAGUCUGUGAUUCAAUAUCCAGCUCAAUGUCACGCUGGUCUUUUUUGGCUGCCAUAUCACAUUGCAAGCUCAAAUCUAAUUUGCUGUCCUCUUUACUGCUUUCCCCACACAAUGGGGUCAGUCCUGGUUCAGCACGGCAAAAUAAAUGUGGUCUGUGCUUUAAAGGCAUACGACUAAAUUGGAACAAACUUUUGAUUAUAAACACCUUUGUUGCUUUAAACUCUUAUGUUGCAAAGCUGUGUGAUGGUUUGAUUUAAGAAAUAUUUUAUUAAUAUUGAGAGUAACAUAAUCAAGACAAUAUAAAGAAGAAAUUAUGUAAUACAUUUCCUCUAUUCCACAGUUCCUCACAGAGUACAGUUUGAAAUUACCAUAUACACUUUCCUCUGUAACAUGUCAGCUUUUGUUAAGGAAUAUGAUUAAACAGUGUAUAUAUUUAUAGGCAAGAGCUUGUUUUAUUUCAUGGAGAGUGAAGUACCUAUGUGAUAAAAAUCUUAGUAUAUGCAAUAGUCUUCUGUUUGCACUUUACAGAUGCUUUAUAUUCAUGAAUAGAAAUACAUCCUGGUUAAAUCAGCAGGUACAAAUCUGGAAUUAUUGCACCAGAUAUGUUAUCUGAAGCCCCGCCAGUCCAGCUGCAUCAAAAGAUGCAUUCCAUAUAUUUCCUUCCCCAGUGCAGUGGUUUGCACAGCAACCUGAUUUUCCUUAAAACAGAGAAAACAAGAGAGCACUCUGUUUUCCAGUCUGGCUUUGCACCUUUCUACUCCAUGCUGGUUAGCGUUCAGCAACAAAUCUGUGAUGCACUGUAGUACAGUAGGUGGUUUACUUGUUUUCGUGGAAAGACAAUUUGUAGUUAAAGCAGUGAUUAGAUGGAUUCUUUCCUUCUUGAAUGCUUCAGUUUUUGAUGACUACUAGCUUCAUCAGUAUAAUUAUAAUUAGCACUCUUCAUCUUCCUUUGAUGGUACCAGCUGGACAGAUUGGUCCUCUUACUGCACAGAUUGGCAGCAGGGUUGCCUACGCAAAGAUAGGUGACAGGCACCAUGAAAUAACAGAUGGUAAAUUCAGGGCUUGUUGGCAAUCAGCAGGUUUUUGCUAAUGACUUAAUUAACUCUGCAAAUUGUCAAAUCAGCGUGAACAUUGUUUUUAUCAAAAACUUUACCUAAAUUAAUUACCAUAAUUAAGUGGCAGAAUGUCAAGUAUAUUGGAUGUGCAAAAGGGCUUGGCUGGCUAGGGAUAAGAGAGUUACCGUCUUUGCACUAUGUUCUUUUUUUCAACAGCCUGAGUGUGAGAAGUACUGUGUCAUGUACUAGAUUUACUGCAUGAAUGUUACAAAACUGCAACUCAUUUGCAUCCUGAGCAGUCUUUGUAAACAAAAUAAUUUAUGGCCUGGAAAUGAAAAUAAUUUAAAGAGGGUAAAAAUACCAAGGAGAAGGUUAAACCAACCAUUUAAAACUUUCUAACAGUCUCCACUUUUGUAGUCUGAUUAUUUUUUAAAUGUAUAUUUCAUUCUUCUUGCUUUAUCUAUUUUUGGGGUUUUGAGACGCAGUGCCUUGAAUAUACAAAUAGAUGAGGGUUUUACAGUGUUUUAUUUUAUAAAUUAAAACGCAAGUAAGUUUGCAUCAUGGCUCUAACCAUAUAGGAGCAUCUGAUUCCAUUGUGUGAAUGUCACAAAAUUAACAGAUUCAAAUCCUCUAAUAUGGCUAUUUUAAGUUGGUUUUUUC